AUGCCGGCCACUACUACAACACCACGCACAUCGGAGCGAGCUCCUGACGCCGAAUUGGCGCUCAUGAAAUCUGUUCUAGAUACAGUCAUCUCGUAUAAGGAUGAGAAUGAAAAUCCUAUCGCCGAAGUUUUCAUGGACGUCGUCAGCCGCCGAGCUUUCCCGGAUUACUUUCAAAUAAUCAAAAACCCCAUCGCUCUCAGAAAUGUUCUGAACAAGCUCAAGCAGAAACGAUACCCAAACUUCAAGACUUUUAUCAAUGAUUGUGCUAGAGGUGUCCUGCUUGAAGAGCUCAAGAAGCUCACUAAACUAGAGAACCCGGUUAUUACGGAGGAAGAGGCCGUGCUCCCCGAUCUUGGCCCCUUGCCGACCACUGACUCCGAAGGCGAAGACGAAGAGGGGGGAGGAGAUGCUGAGGCCGAAGAGGAAGACGGUUCGAACGAUGGCUCUGGCGACGACGAAGAAGAAGACGAAGACGAGGAAGAUGAGGAUGAUGAAGAAGCUGAGGAUGAAGACGAAGAGAUGGAGGAUGCUGACGCUAUAAAAAACGAUCCCGAUAACGGAAGCGAAGACGGUGCUAGCCGUACCCGUAGAUCUAGUCGACGCUCGGCCAAGAAAAUUACCGAUACUGGUGAUGAUGAUGAUGACGACGACGACGAAAAGAAGCCUCGUGGUAGAAAAGAGCCCAAGCGCCGUGGUCGACCUCCUCGUGUCGAUGCUCCCUUUGAAUGCCGAAUCAAAUCCAUCCUCAAAGGCAUCCGCAAGUACAAGACCGAUGAUGAUGGUCCACGUCAUGCUGCUUUUGAGAAAAUACCAGACCCAAAAAUCUCUCCAGAGUACCAUCGCGCUAUUGAGAACCCCAUUGCAAUCGAUACUUUGAAGAAAAAAGUUAAACGUCGCAUCUACCGAACUGUUGAAGAGUUCAUGGAUGAUGUUUAUCUCAUGUUCGACAAUGCCAUUCUUUACAAUGAAGAUAAUUCUCAAGUUCACAGAGACGCCAUUUUCCUCAAGGCCGAAGCCAAGAAAAUCUUCGAUCUCGAAAUGGAAAAGGAUGACUCUAGCUAUAUUGAUCCAAGCAGCAAGAGCAGUUCUGACAGGGAUCCGGUCGCAUUCAUAGAGCACAACGGCGACACUUUUAGCAUCGGCGAUUGGAUUGAACUUGUCAACCCACUUGACGACAAAAAGCCGAUCGUCGCUCAAAUCUUCCGUACAUUCAAGAAAAGAUCCGAUGGGAAACUAGGUAUUAACGUCUGUUGGUAUUACCGCCCCGAAAAUACCGUUCACCGUGUCAAUAAGAGAUUCUAUGAGAACGAAGUUGCCAAAACGGGACAGUACCGCGAUCACGAUGUACAAGAUAUUAUCGGUCGAUGCUUUGUUAUGUUCUACACCAAAGCAUCUCGUGGGCGUCCUAUCGGGUCACAAGGGAAAAACAUCUACAUCUGUGAAGCUAGGUAUAACGAAGAGAAACGAUUGUUUAACCGCAUCAAGACCUGGAAAUCCUGCAUCCCAGACGAGAUAAGAUCGCGUAAAGACGAUACAGAAUUGUGGCAGAAGCAAGUUCCACUCAAAAAGUUCACAUCUCCAAUCAAGCAUCUCCUCCCCCCUGACGCCAAAAUGGGUGAUAAGCCACCUACUGCGACCUGGGUUCGAGAUGAUGCGCCUCCUCAAGGAGCUGUCUUUUUGGGUGAACGCCGUUCCGUUGACUCUCCUUCGCCUGAGCCAACACCACCUCCCAAACCCAAAUCGCCCACCCCGCCGCCUCCACCACCACCUCAGGCUGCCCCUGCCACUCAGCCUCGCCCGCAGAGUACUCGACGCACGACAGUCGCACAGCCAAUAAUGACACCGGCUCCAGUCACGGCCCAGCGCCAGAUUUAUCAGACUCCGGCACAGCUGGCUCCAAUGCCCAGCCCAUACGCGCAGUUCACUCCGCAACAGGCGCCAGCUGCGUUCUACGCGACUCCCCAACCGCAGUAUCCUCAGACACCCUCUUAUCCCCAGAUGCAGAUUAUGGGUGUGCCUGGACCUAGUCAAGGGCACGGGCAGAUUCGCCCACAGGCUGAUGUUGGCUCGGAUAUGCCUGGUGACAAUAAUGCUUUCACCAUCAAUACCGCUUGGACAUCAAAGGCCCUCUCUCACCUUGAAACUCGAAACGGGGUACCAGUGUUCUUUUCGGGAACUCCACAAAACGUCUCCAACACGAAAAUAACUUUCCAAGGCUGGGGCUCCCCUUUCAACCAAGGCCCUGGUGUUCCACUGCGAUCUCCAUCCGAGGCCCGCUGCCAGGCUGCAACUAGGCGCAUCCUCCAAGCCGAUACAAACGGCAUUCCAUUCGAUGAAGACCAGAAGUGGGCUUGGGAUGAUGCGACAAAGACCCUGAACGAAUUCACCGAAAGAGAGCAUGCAGCUGGAGCAAAGGCUCUAGAUAACCGCCCUCUUCACGUUGCAAUGAAGGCUCCUCUCGAGACAGCUUUUGCAAAGCUUCUGAAUACGAAGGAGAUAGAGACUGACCUCUACCCCAACGAAGAGGUCCGCCACUACAGAAGCCUCAAACGCAAGAGGGGAAAGGAACCUGGUUCUAGCGAUCAUUAG